AGUCUUGUGAUCUGGAAGUUUGCUAUUAGGGGGGAAAAAGCUGUAAAUGCCCCAAACAAUAUGUUGCAACAAUUCUUUGUAAUAAUGUUACACUUUUUAAUGAAAAAACAGCAAACCUUCUACUCUUUUCAUUUAAGCUAAUUCAGCAAGUCUUAUAUAGUACAAGAGAUAUAAAAAUGAAAAAGAUUACUUCCGUUUUGGUUUUGAGCAUGAGGAGAAGUGUGUACUUUUGACUUUCGGGCAACACUAUUGCAGGAAGGCCUCUGAGGAACAAAUCUGAUUUCCUCUGUGACACAGCUCUCUUCCACCCACUGCCACUCAUCUCCUCUCUUCUUCACUCUCUCGAGAUGACAGAAACUUCUCAUCACAAACCAUUGCAAGUCGAUGGAGGAAGGUAACAUGCCAAGAGAAUAAUUCCAUCCCAACAGAAUUGAUUUUCAUUUGGUGAAAACCAUGAAGUGAAAACAUCUCCAGGCCAUGAACACAGGCAAAUUUGCUCUGCAGUUUCUCCUUUUGAUGCUGAUGGUGGACGAGCCAUGGGCAAGUGAUCAGUUAUUUGAGAUUGAUCCCUUCAUUCAGAGAAAAGAAGCCAAACUAUGUAUUACAGAAAAGAAGAGUUCUGCUGCUGACAAAAACGAGAACUGCACUAUUUGUAUUUCUGUCCCACGGGGCACCAAGUAUUAUGCAUGUUCUGGCGACUCAGUUACUAUAGAGUGUCCUGUGAUGUACUGCCAAGAAAAGCCUCUAGUGCAUUGGUACAGGUACAGCAAAGAGAAUAAGACAUUUUUUGCCUUACCCCAUGGAGAAAGGCACACAGUUUCAUGGACCAAUGAAAACAAUUUUAAUGUAUUCUCGAAGGCUUUGAAUUUUCCAUCGGUUAAUAAGAACGACAGUGGACUUUAUCGUUGUGAGGCCAGUGUGGGGGAAGACAAAAUUCCAGGCUAUACAACAGAAGUCAUUGUUCAAGAUCUCAAUAACUGUACAUUAUUUGAAGAUGAAAAAAAUACUACUAAAGAACACGGAGAAGCUGAAAAGAGCAAGAUGCUAACUAUUUAUACCCUGUCAUCCCUGGGAGCAAUGGGUCUUCUCAUUUUUUGGUGCUUCAUCCUUUAUUCCACGCGCAGGCAUCAAGAGAAAGACAAAAAAUCUUCAACAACCUCACAGAUUGAAAUGAAUGUGGCCGAUAACCGGAAUGAUCCCCAAUGCUGCAAUGAUACCACCACGCAGAGUUUUGUUCAGGGACCUACACCUCCUUCACUACUAUAUCCAGAAGGCAAUGUUGUCUAUGGCAAUCAGAGUCACUUCAGAAAGGCCAGGAAAACAGUAGCAAAAACUAUGCCUAGUCGAUCAAUCACCAACCACUUCUCACCUGCAAACCAGGAGGCCCUUGUUUAUGCAACACUGAACCAUGGAGAUCCUUUUCAGAACAGUGAACCCUCCCUGGAAAAUGAGUUUAUUGAAUAUGCCUCCAUUGUGGUGAAAAACUAAAUGCAAACAACUCAUUUUUAUUAGCAUCAUAUUAGGUUUUCCACUGUACAUGAACCAAAUUUCUGACAAGCAUCACUCCAAUCGUUGUUCACUCUAUAAUUACCUUGCAAUUGGUUUAUGCCAGUAUUCAUUUUUCUGAUGUAACUAUUGAUUGUUAAAAAUGAAUCUCUUGAAUCUCAUACAUUUCAAGGCAGGCUCUGGUUCCCACAUCAAACUACAGGACUUUUGAUUCCAUAAGCAGUCUUAUUCUCAUUUAUUUAAAUCCUUUGAACAACAGAUGAAUCCUUCAUCUGCAACAGAUACACUUACAACAAAAAAGAAUUGGUGAACUGCAAUUCUGAACUGUAAUUGUAAAUUGCAGUUUCUGUCAUUUUUGUGUGUUAUUCGAGUUCACUACAAAGGCUUGGGAGAUUCUCAGUGUACAGAAUGAAUGUAUAAAUUUUCUAAAUUCUUAAAAACAAGUGGAUAGACCUUUCAUUCAUUUGGCUUCACUGGUUAUGAAUGAAUUGCAUUCUAAGCCAUUCAAACAAGAGGUAGGAGAAUAGCAAAAUUAUGGACAAAAAUGAAAGUGGGACUAAGAAUAAAGAACAGGUGCCCCUCCAGUCUCAUCAGACUCCAGUUUCCAUAAGCCCUAGCUAGUCUGGGCAGUGGUCAAAGAUGCAGGAUACUCUAGUGCAAGAAUAUCUGGUAGACUGGUUCCCAGACUGGAGCAUCUGCACCCAGUCUAGGCAUAAGGACAUUCCAAGGGCACAAGACUAUGAAGUGACCUGGCAUUAUGCAUACUAAAUUUAUUUUGUCUCUGUUACCGAGGGAAUGUACAGUUAGACGAUCUUUUCAUGUGGUGAAAAAUGAUGUAUUUAAAUUUAAAUGUUUUAGUUAUGUUUUUGUGUUUUAAUUUUAAAUUAGGAACUGAAUGUCUAGUUAAAAGAGGGCUGGAUGGUGGUGGAGGAGAGGUGAAGAGAGGAAAAGGAUUCUUUAAAGUUAAAAAAAGGGUUACAUGAUGCUGAAGAAUUCUAGACUAAGUUUGGGGACCACUUAUCCCAGGGGUCAUAGGAUCCCUAUCCCUAGUCUACUGUGAUGAGUGUAAUAAUUAGCUACCUAUGCUAGGAAUGCAUUGAAAACACAACACACAUAUGUAUAUAAUCAAUUAUGGAUUGACAGAUAAAGGGGUGGUGUGCUAUGCAUUGUAAUUACAGAUAACUCUCAGCAUAGUUUAUAUGCCAGGUUUAAAAUGGAGAUGUCUACUGGUCUAAGUGACCUUUGCAAUGGAAGCUUUCCACACAGCCUCUAAUCUGGAUUAGAAGUGCAAUAUGGGGAUAGGAGCUGAAGUCUUUGUAUCCUUCACAAAGUCCUGAUCUUGAUCAGCUCCUUCCAGCUUGUGAUUUGCUUUUUAAAAAUGCAAACAUUUGCUAAUUGCAUGAAUGUUAUGGUAUCUAGAAUGGAAUUGAAAGCAUUGCACAAAGUUCUCAGUGGCACAUCUAUAAAAUGUUUAUAGGUA